CUGUCAGUUCUGAAGCUUCAACUGGAACUGGAUCAACUGUCAGUUCUCAAGCUCAACUGGAACUGGAAUGACAUCCAGUGGUCAAGCUUCAACAGGAACUGGAUCAACUGUCAGUUCUCAAGCUUCAACAGGAACUGGAUCAACUGUCAGUUCUCAAGCUUCAACUGGAACUGGAAUGACAUCCAGUGGUCAAGCUUCAACAGGAACUGGAUCAACUGUCAGUUCUCAAGCUCCAACUGGAACUGGAAUGACAUCCAGUGGUCAAGCUUCAACAGGAACUGGAUCAACUGUCAGUUCUCAAGCUUCAACAGGAACUGGAAUGACAUCCAGUGGUCAAGCUUCAUCAGGAACUGGAUCAACUGUCAGUUCUCAAGCUUCAACAGGAACUGGAAUGACAUCCAGUGGUCAAGCUUCAACAGGAACUGGAUCAACUGUCAGUUCUCAAGCUUCAACAGGAACUGGAUCAACUGUCAGUUCUCAAGCUUCAACAGGAACUGGAUCAACUGUCAGUUCUCAAGCUUCAACAGGAACUGGAAUGACAUCCAGUGGUCAAGCUUCUACAGGAACUGGAUCAAAUGUCAGUUCUCAAGCUCCAACUGGAACUGGAAUGACAUCCAGUGGUCAACCUUCAACUGGAACUGGAAUCAAACUGUCCAGUUCUCAAGCUCCAACAGGAAAGGAAUGA